AAUUAAAUAAUGGCUUUGAGAGUUCGCUAUAAAUGGUCUGAUUUGACGGAUGAACAACUGCUGGAGCUAUUCGAAUCAGUCCCGUCGGAUGUGGAUAUAUCAAGUAUAUCAAGUGACAACGAGGAUGAAGAAGAUGAAGACCUAGCAGAGGCACUAAACACUGCAAUAGAAGAUGCCUCUACGGUAUCCUUAAAGCUCCUAAAAGGCCUCGAUCUCCAUUGCCAGUUAUUGAAGGAGCAACACAUACAACUUUACCAUCUUCUGGUGGCUUUAAUGGGCUUAGUAAGCAAGUCAUUACUUUGAAUUAUAAUACAACUCAUUAUUUUAUUUUAUUAGAUAUUAAAUCGAUUAAAAAGGAACCCAGUAAAGUUAUAUGGCGACAUCAAUCAAUGCAAUUGCACAUAAACAAUGUAGCUUUUCAAGGCGACUCUUCGUUGCCAUCAAAAUUAACUGAUCUGAAAACUCCGUAUCAACUAUUUUGUUAUUUUGUAAACACGGACAUUAUAAGUAUGAUAGUCGAGGAAACAAUGCGCGCAUCUUUCAAGGAAACAUAUUGCGAACAAGUUUAAGAUCACAACGGGAGCUGUUCAUCACUAUAUCGGUAUUUUGAUUUACAUGUCAAUAUAUCGGUACCCUAAUUUGAAAAGUUACUGGGGACAAAACGCGUUAGCACCCAUACAAACCUGUAUGACCCGCAGCAAAUUUGAAGCAAUUAAGAAAUACUUCUCAUUGUGUGAUGAAAGCAAGCGUAUCAAAAAGGGUGAGCCUGGCUAUGAUCCACUUUUUCGCACGCGCAGAGUUAUUGACAUUUUGAAUGAAAGAUUUGACUCUGUGCCUAAGCAAGCUCGAUUAUGCGUCGAUGAACAAAUGUGCAGCACAAAAAUGAAGCACCAUUUGCGGCAAUACAUGCCCAAUAAGCCACACAAGUGGUGAAUAAAAUUAUUUGUCCUGUGUGAUUCAUUUGGAUAUGCAUACAGAUUUGAAAUAUAUAGUGGCGCA